CUUGCUCAGUGCUUAUAAAACAUAGCAAUUAUCUGUCUUUCAGUUUUACUCUCUUCUAUGUCUGAUGCUGAUGGAGGAUGCCGCGUUGGCAAUAAGCACAUCGCUUUUCCCGAGCAGCCGAGGUUCUUGUAUCGGCUGAGGAGACGAUCUUCUAGCUAUCGCUAGAAGAUCUACAUAAUUGGGUCCAACGACUGCUGUGCUCAUGCAUACUUCUUGUCGGGCUAUGUUACCCUGCUUGGAAGAUACUUGAUCCAGAUCUGAUCGUGCACCGACCUGCUCUUCUGCUCCCUGAACGGAGAACCAACCUACUUCCCCGCACAGCAUCAUGAGUUCGAAGAAGAAUGGGUCUAACAGUUCACGAAAACUGUCCUUUCGGGCCUCCUUCGUCGAAUUAAUGGGCCUCAAACGUCUCGACUCGCUGAGCAGCACUCCGGAUGCGCCAGAGCGGUCGAGAGGUUCCAAUCUCUCGCGGCACCGUACCCUCCUGGCAUGGGCGGAAUGGCAUUUGGCGGGCACGUCUACGCUCAGUCCGCAUAUGCAGCGUCGAAAACCGUCGACAAGGGGUUUGUAAUACACGACAUGACGGGCACGUUCAUUUUACCAGGCCUACUAGACGUCCCGUAUGUGUAUACAGUUCGCCAUAUACGAGAUGGGAGCAUGUACUGUACGCGCGCCGUCGACGCACGACAGAACGGCAAGAUCUGCUUCUUGUGUUUGUGCUCGUUUAAGCGCUCCGAGGGGCAGCAGACGUUCCACCAUCAGCCGGCUCCGGCACAGGAGCGCUUCAGGUCUCUUCUUGCCGGGAAAAAGCCAGAGGAUCAUCUGCCUAGCCCUAGCGUGGAUGCGGACUGGUGGAUUGAACAGGUUCAGCGGGGGGAUAUUGUCGAGCCAGAGUUUCCAGGGCUUGAUGUGAGGAAGGUGGAUAUGGCGAGCUACAAUGCCACCGAGGAGGUGAAGCAGAGUCCGGAAAAGUAUCGACAGUUGACUCUAUAUGCGCUCAAGGGGUCACCGCAGGACUCAGAUGUUGCGUUGAGCAAACAAGACCUCCAAGCCAAAGACAAGACAGGCCAGUUCGAUAACCUCUAUGCCUGUGCACAUAUGUAUGCGAGCGACAAGAAUUCACUCUUGUUGAUUCCACGUGCGUUGGGCCACAAGACCUGGUCUGCAAUGGCCAGUUUAACGCUGACGGUGGUUUUUCACCACCAUGGUGAAGCGCUGAGGAUGAUUGACUGGGACGUAGGGCAGGAAGAGGAUGGAAAGAGUUUGCCCAGAAAAUGGUUUAUCCAGGAAGGCUGGACGCCUACGUCGGGAGACAAUAGAGCUAUCCAUGAGAGCUAUCUGUGGAGUCCAGAUGGGGUAUUGCUCGCCACGAGUUAUCAGGAUAGCCUGCUCAGGCUGAAGAAACCGAGCCGUGGGAAACUAUAGAACAAUAUGUAGAUAUUUACACAGAAUUAAU